AAUAUGGUUGGUGUCAUGCACACCACAAACAUGUUCCUCCCGCGCCUGCGCACAGGCAGUGCCAAGAAGAUCAUCCUGCUCUCGGCGGGCAUCGUCGCCACGGAUGUCACGCUCAGCACGGCUUUCACCGCAAACGCGCCGUACUAUGUGUCCAAGGCCGCACUCAACCUCGCCGUCGCAAAGUACGUGUCGGAGCUACGCCCCGAGGACUCCACGUUCCUCGCCAUCAGCCACGAUCAACCCCGGACUGGAAGGCCGCCGCGAGGGACAGCGACAGCGACGACGGAGGAACUCGUGGGCUUCCAGGCGAUAGUCGCGAGCUUCAAGACGUACGCACCGCACUGGGACAGCGUGCCGAUCACACCCGAGACGUCUGUGCAGCUCGUGCUGGGCAUCGUCGAGCGCGCGAUCGUCAAGAACACCGGCGCAUUCCUCUCGAACCGUUGCAAUCAGACCUUCCUCUAG